AUGCAAGGUAAGUUUAUACAUACAUUUAAAGUUGCUUACUCUCGUAUAGGGCAGCAGUCUAUGCUGAAAUAUUUUUCAAGAAAAGAAGAAAACAAAUCACAAGCACCACUGAAGCGUAAAAGAGAAGAAACUCCUGAAAACCAAGAAAAUCUCCAGCCUGAAGAAUCAAAGAUAGAGAUAUAUUUUUUAAUUAUAUUCAAAUUCUCUAUUUUUUAGCAAUUAUUUAUUUAUCUAUAAGAAAAUAGAAUAAGCUCACAAAGCAGAUGUUUAAAUGCGAAAAAAUGGCAUAUCACCUCCUCCUACUCAAGAGUUCCCACAAUAUGCUUUUCAAGACUACGAGCUCAAUGAAAACCCUCAUUCAUUAAGCAGUGAUAAAUACGACCCAAUUCUGGAUGCAAAAUUCAAAUAUCUUCAGCCACCUCCAUUCAGAAUCCUAGUAGAUGCAUAUGAGCUUGUAGCGAAUUCUAAAGGAAAAAGCAGCAAGACAAUUCAAAAAGAUGUAAACCUGUACAAAAUAUAUAAUUAAUUAAUUUUUAAAAAAAAAUAUUUAUUUAUCAUACAAAAAAUACUAUCAAUAUAGCCUAUACGAGCAUAAUUGCUAAUUUGUUUAGGUCAAUUAUUGUCCUUCGCCCUGAUCACUUACUCCCCCCCCUCCGUGAGUGAACAAAAAAAUUUUGUUCACUCACGGAGGGGGGUGAAUUUUGUUCUUUUAAAAAAAAUUUAUAUAUAUAAAUUUUAUAAAAAAAUAUUUGUUUUCGAAAUUUAAAAAAAUCCUAAUUCGCGAAAAUGGAAUUCAAAUAUUAAUUUAAUUUAUAAAAUUUAUGUUUUAAAAAGCAAUUUGUUUAAAAUUAAAAGAAUUAGCACUAGAUUUCAUUAUGCUAAUUAUCACUUAUAUAUCAAAAUUUUUUUCCAUAAAAAAUUUUUCUAUUAACAAAAUUUUUGUUCACUCACGGAGGGUGGGUUUUUGGGCAUAAAAAAUAGCGAUUUUUCUAAUGGUUUUGUUCACUCACGGAGGGGGGAGUUAGUUAAGUGCUUUUAUUUAUGCGUAGGAAAAUUCUGUCCUGAUCACCAAGGCAUCGAGCUUGGAGUUGGUAAUGAAGCUCUCUAUAAAGCUGUAGCUCGAACCACCGGACUGAGCAUCAAACAAAUCAAGCAGCAAGAAAAUACUACAGGAGACCUUGGCUCAGUCGCAGCAACAGGCAAAGCGACCCAAAAAAACCUGACAAGCUAUUUUUCCAAAAAAACCAAAACAAUUCCCCACACAAUCUCAGACGUCUACGAAGGGUUUUGGAAAAUUUGCAACCUAAAAGGCCAGAACUCAACAGCCUUAAAAGAAGACGAAUUAGUAAGACUGCUUAACCAGGCUGACAGCGACGAAGCAAAAUACAUUAUCAGAAUUGUUCAGAAAUCUCUCAAAAUUGGGGCUUCAGAGCUUACAAUGCAAAGUGCCUUAGCCAGAGCUAUCGCAAUGACUCCGCCAAAGCAAGCUGGGUUUCCUCCAGCCAUAAUUAAAGCCAAAAAUGCAGAAUCAAUUGAAGAAGAAGUAGAAAAUAUUUUGAAAAAAUCCAUUAACGAGUGCCCAGAUUAUGACAAAAUCAUUAAUGCUGUUUUACAAUAUGGGCCAGACGGAGAAGAUUUGUCUAUAAUAACCAAGCUUUGCAACAUCACCCCAGGAACUCCAGUCAAACCUAUGCUUGCCCAGCCUACCAAAGGUAUCCAAGAGAUCCUAAAAAGAUUCACAGGGAUCGAAUUUACAUGUGAGUACAAAUAUGACGGGAUGAGGGCCCAAAUCCAUAUUUUAGCUGACAGGACUAUACAUAUUUAUUCAAGAAACUCCGAAAAUAUCACUGAAAUGUACCCUGAUGUAAUUCAGUUCUUGUCAAGCCAUAUCGAUUUUAAUGUAGUAAGAGACUGUAUUAUGGACUCAGAAGUAGUCGCUUUUGAUGCAGCCACAAAUAGAAUUAAGCCAUUCCAAGACAUCCAGCACAGAGGAAGGAAAAAUGUAGAUAUCAACCAAAUUGAAGUAAAAGUAUGCAUUUUCCCUUUUGAUAUGCUUUACUUAAAUGGGGCAAGCCUAAUUGAUAUACCACUUUCACAGAGGAGGGAGUAUUUAAAAAGCUCAAUUAAAGAAGAGCCUGGACUUCUGCAGUUUGUGACUCAUAAAAAUGUAAGCGUUUUUGAAGACAUAGAAACUUUGUUGUGGGACUCAGUAAAAAUUGGGUGUGAAGGACUUAUGGUAAAAACUCUCCAUGAAAAUGCCACUUAUGAGCCUGCAAAAAGAUCAUUAAAUUGGCUGAAAUUGAAAAAAGAUUAUAUUACAGACGCUGGGUCUGACUCCAAAAUGGCUGAUUCUGUAGAUCUAGUACCUAUAGGAGCAUUUUAUGGGACAGGAAAAAGGGCAGGGGUGUAUGGGUCUUACUUGUUAGCUGUUUAUGAUUCGCUAAAUGAUGAAUAUCAAACUGUAUGCAAAACAAGCACUGGGUUCAGCGAUGAGCUGUUGCAGACUUUGACUAAUAGCUUAAAAGACUUUGAAGUCCCAAGAAUGCCUAAAAAUUACAGAAGUUUUCAUACAAACAUUAUACAUAAAAUGGCCGGAGACGAGCGACCCGUCAUUCCGUGGCGGGUGUCCUUAUGUAUACCGGACAUGGUUUUUGGAUACGGAGAGCUACUCAAGGGAAGAGUUAGCCUCGAGGCGAGAGGCCUAGCCCAAUUUCCGCUGAUUUUGGGACUCGACCCGGGCAGCAGUUUUUCGCAUUCUUUUUUGCCAGUAGCGCCGAGGCCCAGACUCGGUGUCCGAAAGAGGCAGGGUGAGCUACUGUCUAGGCUACUUGGUGGCUUAGCCCCGAAUCCCGCAACGGGUUGAGUUCUUUCUUGGAGAUGAUCCGGGAAAGAGGGGAGGCGAAGCUAGACUUAGGGAUCUCAAGGGCACAAGUCUCUCCAGUUAAAAGGGUCCUCUUACGAGGGUGAUCUGGUCAACCGGAGGCAAAGACUGGCGUAAUUCGGGGCGGAAGACUGAGUUGGAAAUGGUGGUGCUCAGCGACAGUCGGCUGACGACUCAAUAGGGCAACCACUACCGAGAAACCAGGGGUUUCGGCCUGGGCUCAGAGAACCAGUGAUGGAAGUCCAUCCUUUUCGCUCGUGCCAGCACGGCUCCUCAAGGAGCGCGGAGGAAUGCCACGCAUGGAAGUAGGGACUAUAAAUACACAUCUUAAACCUAACCUAACCUAACCUUCCAUACAAACAUUGAUGUAUGGUUCAAGCCUGAAAUGGUGUGGGAAAUUAAAGGAGCUGACAUCUCAAUUUCCCCAAUCCAUACAAGUGCAUGGUGCAAGGCUGCUCCAGAUAAAGGUCUCAGCAUAAGGUUUCCAAGAUUCAUUAGAUUAAGACCUGACAAAAAGCCAGAACAAUCAACAGCCCCAGAACAGAUUUUGCAAAUGUAUUACCAGCAGUCAUCAGUGGAAGGUAAUAAUGACGAAUUAAUUUAG